UUUCAUCAAACAAAACAAACUUACCAUUUAGAUUUUUAGCAAUAGUAAUAACAAAAAUGAGUUCAUUUUCUCUAUUGUGUGUCUUGGGCUUAGUACUCAUUAUUGGUGAUGUUGCACUUGCCCAGGAUUCGCCAACGGAUUAUGUGAACGCCCACAACGCAGCAAGAUCCGAGGUUGGUGUCCCAAAUAUAGCUUGGGACGACACCGUAGCUGCUUUUGCACAAAACUAUGCUAAUCAGCGUAAGGAUUGUCAAUUGAUCCACUCGGGUGGUGGUGGCCGUUAUGGGGAGAAUCUCGCGGGAAGCUCUGGUGACUUGAGUGGCACGAAUGCGGUGAAAUUGUGGGUGGAUGAGAAAAGAAACUACAAUCAUGGUAGUAAUUCAUGUGUUGGUGGUGAAUGCCUCCAUUAUACUCAAGUGGUUUGGAAAAAUUCAGUACGUCUUGGAUGUGCCAAAGUGAAAUGUGAUAAUGGAGGGACAUUCAUUACUUGCAACUAUGAUCCCCCUGGCAACUAUGUAGGUGAAAGCCCAUACUAAUUAAGUGUAUGAUUAAGUAUGUUUUAUCAUAGUUCGGCUAUAUAGUAGCCAUAUAAAUAAUAAAUAAGACUAUGAAAAACGAAUGAAAUGAGUUCCUUACUCAUUAUUUCAAUUCAUAUAUGACAAAAUAUUUUGUUAUCAAUGUUUUAAAAUUAUAAAAUUAUGUGUUCAUGUAA